AGUGAAUGAGUAGACGCUUCGCGGUGAAGGACUGCACAGCUGAUCCGGCAACAGCUGGCCGUUCAGCGAAGAGCCGAUGGUCUCUGCGCGCAGGAUAUAACUAAACGCUUCUAGCUUCAGCAGUGCGGGAAUACGGCAUCUUGCUCCAGGAGGAGAAGAUCAACUCUGUCUUCCUAUUGUAUCUGAUGUCCAUCCCCAGCUUCUGCAUCCUGGCCAUAGCCGCCCUGGUUCUGGAGAACUUAGCCGCGCUGCAAUCCCCUUUCCAGUAUGACCACCACCUCUGGGGUUUCAUCUUGCUCAGCUGUCUGGGCUCAGUGCUUUACAACCUGGCCAGCUGCUGUGUCAUCACCCUGACCUCCGCUGUCACGCUGCACAUCCUGGGCAACCUGAAUGUGGUGGGGAACCUGCUGCUGUCCCAGCUGCUGUUUGGGCAUGAGCUGACGGCUCUUAGCUGUGCUGGAGCUGCGCUCACCCUCUCAGGCAUGAUCAUCUACCAGAACUCAGAGAUCAUCGUAGCUUACAUCGACACACGGAGAGCCAGGACACCAACCGGUGGCAGUGGAGAGGACGUGGUUUGUGUUAAGGAGAAUGAUUUGAACAUAUCAAAGACUCCAGAACCUUGUUCAGAAGGAGAAUCAUCUGCAGAAGCAGCUCAAGAACCUAACAAGAGGACAGAGAAUCAGGUUCAUGAGAAAAUGGACUGAAGAGACUUAAAGGCUGUGUUCCAAAACCUAGUGAGCUGCAGUGCUGCUGUCUAUAGCCAAACUGCUGACUUUUUUCUUGAAUGGAGUACAAGGAAAGUGAAAAGUGGUCAUGGCUCUCUUUGGUCCACAACCACUUUCAUUAGAUGGAAAAGAGAAGCUUGAACCUGAGUUAUUAUAGUUAACUAAAAUUUAAAACAAUAAAAAAAUGUGCUCAUUGAAAUAAAAUAAAUGU